AACAAUAGACAAGAUAAAUAACCUUAUCUUCUGUGUUUCCUUUCACUUUGGUUUCAUAGGAUCCCAACUCCAAGCUGGCAUGGCUUCCACUUCCACUCUCCUCCAAGCUCUCUUCCAUGCAAAUCGUCAUCACCUAAAUCCUCUUCUCCAAUGUCAAAUCCCACAAACCUCAAAAAACCCAUCAAACUUUCUCCUCCACAAUUGCUCUCCCACAAGGAAGUUCCAUUUCUCAAUCAAGUGCACUUCCUUAGUCUCCAACUCCACCCCAGAACCACCUGAUGAUGACUUAUCGUUUCCAACUCCAAGCUCCGAAACCACCAUUAGCCCGGGGAGUUUCCCGAUCGAAAGGAGAAGAAAGUCGGAGAUAACACGAGAGAAGAAGUCGAAAUCCGGGCUUGUCAUGCCCGAGCCACCAAACUUUGAGGUUGGUUGGAAGAGGACCAAGGAUAUAAAGCUAGAGAAGCCAAAGGGGUUUGUGAUAGCGGAUUUCUUGGAGAAGUUGGAGAGCUUGAUGGGCAUGGAGUACGGUUCCGCGGAGCUGUUGGCCAAGGCCGGGGAGAUGGUGGCGGAGAGAGCUAGAGAGGAAGCUGAAGUGUUGAGAGAUGGCGGAGAGGUUGAAGACAGGCUCAUCACUGAGUUGUUUAGAGUGUUGAGGCUGAUGGAGAUGGACUUGGCAAUGGUCAAGGCUGCUGUGAAGGAAGAGACUUUGAGUGAGAGGAUCGAGCAAGCCAAGGCUCGGUGUAGGCAAGCCAUACUUGUUGCUUUGUCCUUUUGAACCUCAUAAGAAACAAGAGCACAUAAAUUAUCUCAAAGAUGUUAAUAACAGUUGUUUUUGGGGUGCCCCAUGUUAAUAUCUAUGAAC